AUGGAGGAAUACACAGACAUGUUUGGCGAUAUUAACCUCACUAUUGGGAUGCUGAGUAAGGAGGACAACAUUAGCAAGGAAGACAUUUACAGUCAUCUCGCUUCUUUUAUUCAGAAUACUGACAUCUUGGAUGAUGCAAUAGUCCAAAAGUUGAUUUAUUACACUUCUAAGGACAUGAGGGAUGAGGAUAUUCCAAGAGAAAUCAGAAUGCUGGCUGGUGAGGUGCUGGUGUCUCUUGCUGCUCAUGAUUUCAACUCUGUGAUGUAUGAAGUGCAAAGUAACUUCAGGAUUCUGGAGCUGCCAAAUGAAUUUGUUGUGCUUGCCCUGGCUGAACUGGCAACCAGCUAUGUGUCCCAGAGCAUCCCUUUCAUGAUGAUGACCCUGCUCACCAUGCAGACCAUGCUCAGGCUGGUAGAGGAUGAAAAUAUGAAGCAAACCUUCUGCAUAGCCCUUGAAAAAUUCAGCAAGGCCAUUUACAAGUAUGUCAACCACUGGAAGGAAUUCCCCUAUCCCAAACUGGAUGCCCACCGGCUCUCUGACAAGAUCUUCAUGCUGUUCCGGUACAUAAUGGAGAAAUGGGCACCCCAGGCCUCACCCAUGAAUACUUUGACCAUAGUCAAGGUCCAUGGCCCCACCGUGAGCCUGCUGCUGCAUCGUGAAGACUUUCACGAAUACGCCCUGAGCCAAGUACCCUGGCUCCUGACCCAGUACAAAGACAAGGAGAGUGAUUUCUACAUCACACAGAGUCUCAAACAGAUAUUGACUGCAGCGGUCCUCUAUGACAUUGUCCUUCCCAAGAACCUGAGAAGAUCCACUCUCACCAGUUUGCUCCACCAGGUCUGCAGACUUCCUGAGCCUCCAAUAAAGGAAAACAAAAUUGAAGCUUCAAGCUGUUUCCUCAUUCUAGCUCACGCCAAUCCUGCAGACCUGCUGGAAUUUUUGGAUGAACACAUAAGAAGUAACAAUGAGGCUGUUCGAACAGGAAUCUUAACUUUGUUAAGAUCAACUAUCUAUGUCGAGGAGCCCAGGUUUAGGAAUCACACGACUUCAAUCGAAAAUAUGGUCAAAGUUGUCAUGAGUGACCUCAAUGUAAAAGUAAGGAAGUCCACCCUUCUUCUCAUCCAAACCAUGUGUGAAAGGGGCUACAUCGAAGCUCGAGAAGGAUGGCCCUUGAUUGAUUAUAUCUUCUCCCAGUUUGCCAUGUCCAACAGGAACCUGGAAAAAGCAAUGAAAUCUAACUCCCAAGAUGAGGAAAAGGAGGAGAAAUUUGUUCAAGAAACAAGCCUUGAGGUCUUAAAAUCUCUGGACCCUUUGAUGAUUGGGAUGCCCCAGGUGUUGUGGCCACGGAUCCUGACUUUCGUGGUACCCGAAGAAUACACGGGAACACUGGGCUACCUGUUUAACAUCAUCAGAAUUCUGGUUAUGGCAGAAGAGAAGAAGAAGCGUGAUAUCCAGGAGUCAACAGCACUUGUCAUCUCUACGGGAGCUGUGAAACUCCCUUCACCGCAGCAGCUACUGGCCCGACUUCUGGUAAUAGCUGUGCUGGCCAGUUUAGGGCAAUUGUGUGGGGCCAGUGCAAUAGGACUUCUGAAGAUAGUGCCUGAGAUAAUCCACCCUAAACUGGUAGACCUGUGGAAAACACGCCUGCCUGAGCUCCUGAAGCCUCUUGAAGGAAAUAAUUCCAGCAUUGUGCUGUGGGAAACCAUGUUGCUACAGUUGCUCAAGGAAUCUUUAUGGAAAAUUAGUGAUGAAGCCUGGACCAGUCAACUGAGUCGGGACUUCAUCCGGCAAAUGGACAGUUACUCCAACAGCUCCAUAGAGAAGAAAUUUCUUUGGAAAGCCUUGGGAACUACCUUAGCAUCCUGCCAAGACACAGACUUUGUGAGCUCACAGAUCAGGGAGUUCUUGGUUUCUCCCAGCCAGCUGGGGGACCAGAGACAGGGAACAACAUCUAUUUUAGGAUACUGCUCUGAGAAACACUUGGAUACUGUUCUGAAAGUUCUUAAAACAUUCCAAGAGAAGGAGAAGUUUUUUAUCAAUCGAUGUAAGGGUAUUUUUUCUGGGAAAAAAAGCCUGAGCAAGAUAGACCUCAUCCUGAUCUAUGGAGCCUUGGCCCUCCAUGCCCCCAAGCAGGAGCUUCUAGCCAGGCUCGAUGAAGAUAUCAUGUCUCAAAUCCUGCUUCUCUACAACCAAUGUUCUCAGGUUCUGGGCGUGUCUGUGGUAAAUAAGGACAUGGAUCUGCAAAUGAGUUUCACAAGAAGCAUCACUGAGGUUGGCAUUGCCAUUCAAGACGCUGAGGACUUCAAGUUCCAGUUUACCUAUAAGGAGAUGCUGAUUGGUUUUAUGCUGGACUCGAUAAAGGAAGAACCCCUAAAUUCCUUAGCCAGCCCUGUUAGGUGGAAAGCCUUAAUUGCCAUCAGAUACCUAAGCAAACUGAAACCUCAGCUCUCACUAAACGACCACCUGAACAUUCUUGAAGAGAACAUUCGGAGGUUGCUGCCCCUUCCACCUCUGGAAAAACUCAAAAGUGGGGGUGAAACGGACAAGGACAAGGAGCGCAUUGAGUUUCUCCACGAACGAUCAAUGGAUGCACUGGGGAAACUUCUGAGGUCCAUGAUCUGGGAUGACACGGAUGCACAGAACUGUGAAGAGAUGUUUAACCUUCUCCGCAUGUGGCUUGUUUCCCAGAAAGAGUGGGAGAGAGAAAGAGCGUUCCAAAUCACCUCGAAGAUCCUAACGAAUGACAUCGAGGCACCAAAGAACUUUAGAAUCGGGUCACUCCUUGGGCUCUUGGCUCCUCACUCGUGUGAUACCCUGCCCACCAUCCGCCAGGCGGCUACUAGCUCCACUAUUGGUCUGUUCUGCGCAAAAGGCAUUUGCCUGGAGGUGGACAGACUGCAAGGCUUGCAGGAAGGGCUGGAAUCUAAUGACGAGCAGGUCCAGAUCAAGAUAUCCUCCAAAAUAGCUAAGAUUGUCUGCAAAUUCAUCCCUAAUGAAGAAAUUCAGGCGUUCUUGGAGGAAACACUGGAUGGCCUGGAAACUCUCAACCCCAUGUGCACAAAGGCCUGUGGUAUAUGGAUGAUCGCUGCUCUAAAGGAGCAUGGGGCUGUGCUGGAAGAUCAGCUGCUGGAGAUCCUGAACACAACUUACCAUCACAUGCCAGUCCUCAGACAAAAGGAGGAAAGCUUUCAGUUCAUACUAGAAGCUAUCUCCCAGAUCGCCAGUUUUCACAUGGACUCAGUUGUUGUCAACCUGCUACAGAAGCCUCUGCCCUUUGACAGGGACACGAAGACACUGUGGAAGUCACUGGCGGAAAACCCAGCCUCUCGUGGCAAACUCAUGAGAGCCCUGAUAAAAAAACUGGAUGCCAGGUUAGAGGACGACAUAGCCGGGAUAGAUGCAAUUUCAGUGGCCUGUGCUAUGUAUGAAGUGAUCUUAACAGGGACUCAUGUCACUCACUUGUAUCCAGAGCUGUUCACCCUCCUCCUGAAGCUGGUCAGCUGCUCACUGGGCCAGAAAAUGCCAACUUCUACCUUGAGUCAAAGGCGCCGUGUGAUGCAGCUUGGGGAACGACAGCAGACUCCAGACCCCUGCAGACUCUCAACUGCAGCUCUGAAAUGCUUGCAAGCCCAAGCCAUGAAAGAAGGCCUUGCCAAAGAAUCUGAUGAAGGUGACAAUUUAUGGAACCUACUUAGCAAUCCUGAUACCCAUCACAUAGGCGUGUGUGCACUGGCCAGGAGCAUGGCUGUGUGGCAACAUGGCGUCAUAUUGGAUAUCAUGCAACACCUAUUUUCAUCUCUUACCUCCUCCUCUGAGAACUACCGGAUAACUGGCACUGCCUUCUUCUCUGAGCUCAUGAAGGAGCCAAUCCUCUGGAAGCAUGGAAAUCUUCGUGAUGUGCUGGUUUUCAUGGAUCAGAGUGCCUGGGAUUCCAAUGCUGUUCUGAGGCAAAUGGCCAUCCGAGGACUGGGCAACACAGCACAUGGGGCUCCUCACAAGGUGAAAAAACAUAAGCAGAUCAUGUUAGAAUCUAUCAUCAGAGGCCUGUACCACUUGGCUCGCACUGAAGUCGUCUGUGAGAGUUUGAAGGCUCUGAAAAAGAUCCUGGAGCUACUCACAGAAAGAGACAUCAGCUUCUACUUCAAGGAAAUAGUGCUGCAAACAAGAACAUUCUUUGAAGAUGAGCAAGAUGAUGUGAGACUGACUGCCAUCUCCUUAUUUGAGGAUUUAGCGUCCCUAACAGGAAGAAGAUGGAAGGUAUUUUUUGCUGAAGAAGUAAAAAAGAGCAUGAUUUCCUUCCUUCUCCACCUCUGGGACCCAAACCCCAAGAUUGGAGCUGCUUGCCGUGAUGUCUUGGUUAUAUGCAUCCCUUUCCUGGGCCUUCAGGAGCUCUAUGGGAUAUUAGAACACCUCCUUGAACAGGACCUGCCACGGGCCAGGGAUUUCUAUAGGCAAUUCUGCAUGAAACUGGCCAAGAAGAACCAGGAAAUUCUGUGGAUCCUCCACACACAUUCAUUCACCUUCUUCACUAGCAGCUGGGAGAUGAUCAGGAGUGCAGCUGUCAAGCUCACAGAUGCCAUUAUUCUCCAUUUGACCAGCCAAUAUGUGGAGUUAUUAGACCGAGAGCAACUCACCAUGCGGCUCCAAGCUCUUCGGCAGGACCCCUGCAUUAGUGUCCAGAGAGCUUCUGAAGCUGCCUUACAGACCCUCCUGAGAAGGUGUAAAGAGACCAGCAUCCCACUGUAAACCAUCAAGAAAUAAACCGCUAGGCUUUUUCUAAAACCAGCUCCUGUCUUUGUCCUAUCAACUUGCAAACUUACAUCUUCCUGAAGGCAGACAUUGCACCUAAGAUGAGAAUCUUCAAAUAUAUUCCUACUCUCUCCCGAUCCUUUCAGGUGUCUUGCAUUGUUGGUAAGAGAUAUCAUAAAUUCAUUUCAGAGAUAGCCUAUUAUUUGAUUGGUGACAGUCACAUGGCUUUGCACAAGUUAUUGCGCUCUCUUGAGAAACUUACAUCCAAGCAGAUGCAGACACCAAAGAAUGGCACAGCCAGACCCAAUUACACUACAGAAAAGAAGAAGGCUACUGUUAUCUUCUAUACAUAGGCCUCCAAUAUUUGUGUCAGACUUUGAAUCCCUACCCAAAAUCUUCCCCUGCUCAUAUAUUAUCACAUGAUAAACUUUAACCUGUC